UCUUCACAAUGGGGAUGGGAAAAAGUAUUUAUGUAUGAGUGUUCUGUGCUAAGAGAUGGGGUCUGAAGGAGGAAUGUCCUGGGACUCACACUUUGAUUUCCUUUCAGGACCCCUUCCAAAGCCCAUCAUCUGGGCAGAACCAGGCCCUGUGAUUGCCACAUAUUCAUCUGUAGUUAUUUGGUGUCAGGGUUCCUGGGAGGCCCAGGAGUACCUACUGCAUAAAAAGAGAAGCAUAGAUCCUUGGGACAGACAGUUGCCUCUGGAAAGCAUGAACAAGGCCAAGUUCCGCAUUGAUCACAUGGCAGACAUCUAUGCAGAUAUAUAUACGUGUUACUAUAGGAGCUCUUCUGGCUUGUCAGAGCACAGUGAUAUUCUGGAGCUGGUGAUGACAGGAGCCUAUGAGAAACCCAGCCUGUCAGUUUGGCCCAGCUUUGAUGUAAUCUCAGGAGAGUCCAUAAUCAUGAAGUGUAGCUCAUCACUGGGAUUUGGAAGAUUCAUUCUCAUGCACAAAGGAAAGCACAAUCUGUCUUGGACCCUGGACUCACAGAAACAUUCCAACCAGCCAUCCGAGGCUCUUUUCCCUCUGGAUUCUGUGACUCACAAACACAAUGGAACAUUCAGAUGCUAUGGCUAUUUUAGGAACCAGCCACAGGUGUGGUCAAAAUCAAGCAAUCCACUUGAGCUUCUGGUCUCAGAAUCCAAGGACCAGUCUCCCACCACCACUCAGAAUGGACUGGGAAAGUAUCAGAAGGUUCUGAUCGGAGUCUUGGUGAGCUUCCUCCUGAUUUUCUUCCUCCUGAUUCUUCUCAUCCUCUUCAGACACAAGUAUAAAGGCAAAAAUAAGAAGCCAGAUGCUUCUGCGAAGGACACACCACCUGAGGACAGUGAAGAGCUGGACAGUUGGAUACCACCUGAUGAAGAACCCCAGAGAAUUGUGUAUGCCCAGGAUACUACAACCAAUGAGCCCCAGCAUGUGACCUAUGCCCAGGUGUGCAGUAGGACACGAGAAAUGACAAUAACUGGGACUAGCAAGCAACCAUCCCAGGAAGAAGACACUGACCCCACAUUUUAUUGAUGGAAACUAGAGGGUAUCUAAGAGUAUUUGUCCCCAGUGGACUCUAUUUAGUAAAUUCCAGCCAUCAUGCAUACCUCAUGUGUCUUCAACCAAUUAUCAGGGUUUUUGGAACACACUUGAUUCUUUGUUCAGAGAUAAAUAAUGUCCUUGCAUUUUGAAAAUAAAGCCAAAUACUUUCAAAUA